ACAGGUGAACUCAGGCAACUUCCUGUUUUGAAGACGGAUCCAACAUGGCUGCUCCCUUGCAGACGUCUUUAGCAGUCGUCCUGCUUCUGUGAAGAAGCUGCAAACCACAAACAGCCACCAUGGAUGUGAAAGAAAUAGUCCACUGUGCUCUGCAGAUCGAGAGAUCCAGUUCAGACAGAAGCUAUGGGAACAUCUUGACCCUCCUUGGUGACCUUGAUAAGUCGAACGUCUCGGCAGAGCAGCUGGAAACGACAGACAUUGUUAAAGUGCUUUACAGGCUCCUGAAGAGCUGCUCUGAUGACAGUGUAAAGAAGGCAGUGAAGUGUUUGUUGUCAAAGUGGAAGAGACAGUACAGCAAAGAUAGACAAGGUGUGAAAUGCACCGAGGAGCUCUGUCGAAGGGUUUCCCUACCAGGGGACGCCGGCGAUGGAGGAGUUUCUGAGCAGGAAGAGAGUAAGGUUGAGAGCGUCAAGGCAGCUCCUGAACAAACAUCCUUAGUGGCAAAAGAUGGCCCUCAGACUCUUUGUUCGACUGCAGAGAGCACCUCUGCAUCUUGUAGUUUUUCAUCAAUAAGAUCCAAAUGUGUUCAGCUCCUUCUUGCUGCCCUCUGCUCCGAACUUCCUGAUCACCACCAGGCUGCAGAGCUGGCUACAGACAUCGAGCGCUGCAUCCACGAGCUCCACAAAUCCACCACGGUCAAAUACAAAGCCUGUGUGCGGAGUAAGGUGGCCAACUUGAGGAAUCCAAAAAAUGGGCAUCUUCGCCAGGGCCUCCUGAGCGGCUCGCUGUCACCUGAGACAUUCGCCCGGAUGUCUGCUGAAGAGAUGGCGAGCACAGAGCUCCGGCAGCUGAGGGAGGAGUACUCGUCCCGCGGCGUGAGCGAAAGGCAGCUUCCACAAGGUGUAGAAGGGACGCAGACGCAGAAGAUAAUAUGUAAAAGAUGCGGGGGGACUGACUGUAGAGUGACGCAGGUGUCCAGGGGGGCUCUUUUUUUGCCUGCAUGGGUGAGGCAGAGCGGCCCUGACGAUGACUCAAUGACCUUUGUGACCUGCAGCGGGUGUGGGCAGCAGUGGUACCACAGCGCCUGGGUUUGCCUCUGAACACAAGUAUCAGAUUAAUUAACAAAUGUCAAUAAAUAAAUGAGUUGAUCACAGUAAAUGAAUCAGCAACAAUGUAGAUUAUAGAUUAUAUAUUUUUUAAAUAAAAUUAAAAUGAAAUAUAUGGAUAUUUAUUUUUAAA